AUGGAUUAAAUCGCCAUUUGCUUCUCUUUUGUCAAAACCUUCACCUCUUUUUUGUUGAUUCCGUCUCCCAAUGCUUCAUAGGUCCAAAAAACAGAGCUCCUCUCUAGCUUUUUGUAUUCUUCUUUUCUCCUUUUUCUUCAACGAGAGUAUCUUUUAUUAUGCUUUCCAACUUUACUCUUUACUCCAUCACUAUCACUCCUCUUUUCUCUUUCACUCUCUAUGUACAAAGCUUAACACUCUUAAGCCUUUCUGUUCUAGGAGUGAUUCAUCUCAAAAUGUUGACCUCAUUGCUCAUCUUCUUCACUCUUCUCUGCAUCUACAUCCCUGUAAACGCCUUAAACGACGAGGGCUUCGCGCUCUUGACGUUUAAACAGAGCGUCAACGAAGACCCCACAGGCUCUCUCACCAAUUGGAACUCGUCUGACGAAGACGCUUGUUCAUGGAACGGCGUUACUUGCAAAGAACUCAAGGUGGUCUCUCUAAGCAUCCCAAGGAAGAACCUUUACGGCUCUCUCCCUUCCUCCCUAGGGUUUCUCUCCAGCCUCCGUCACUUGAACCUCCGCAGCAACAGGUUCCACGGGUCUUUACCUACUCAGCUUUUCGAGCUUCAGGGACUCCAAAGUUUAGUGCUUUACGGCAAUUCCUUUGAUGGGUCGGUCUCAGACGAGAUCGGUCGGCUUAAGCUUCUUCAGACAUUGGAUUUGUCGCAGAACCUCUUCACGGGCUCCUUACCGUCUUCGCUUCUGCAAUGCAACAGGCUGAGAACGCUUGAUGUGAGUAGAAACAACUUCUCUGGUUCUUUACCCGUUGGGUUCGGCUCUGCUUUCGUCUCUCUUGAGAAGCUCGACCUCGCUUUCAACCACUUCAACGGCUCCAUCCCUAGCGACGUCGGAAACCUCUCGAGCUUACAAGGAACUGCUGACUUCUCUCAUAAUCACUUCUCUGGGUUAAUCCCGCCUGCGUUGGGUGAUCUCCCUGAGAAGGUUUACAUUGAUUUAACUUUUAACAACCUCUCCGGUCCGAUUCCUCAAACCGGUGCUCUGAUGAACAGAGGACCGACGGCGUUUAUCGGCAAUGUCGGUCUAUGUGGUCCGCCGUUGAAGGAUCUUUGCAGAGGAGAUGAGCUCGGACUCAACGCCUCUUACCCUUUUAUCCCAAGCAAUAACCGUCCAGAUGAUGAUUCAGAUGGUGACUCCGAAACCAAACAGAAGUCGUCGAGCGGUUUGAGCAAAACAGCUGUCGUUGCCGUUGUUCUCUGCGAUGUUAUCGGUAUCUGUCUCGUGGGUUUGCUUUUCACUUACUGCUACUCAAAGUUCUGCGCUUGCAACAGAGAUAAAGACUCCAAGAAAAGAGCUGCAGAGUGUCUUUGUUUCCGGAGAGACGAGUCUGAAACGCUGUCUGAAAACGUGGAGCAUUGCGAUAUCGUGGCGCUAGAUUCUCAGGUGGCGUUUAACCUCGAGGAGCUGUUAAAGGCGUCGGCUUUCGUUCUGGGGAAGAGCGGGAUUGGGAUUGUGUACAAAGUGGUUUUGGAGAACGGGCUCACGUUGGCUGUUAGGAGAUUGGGUGAAGGAGGGUCUCAGAGAUUCAAGGAGUUUCAGACAGAAGUUGAAGCUAUAGGGAAGCUAAGACAUCCGAACAUUGCUAGUCUUCGAGCUUAUUAUUGGUCUGUUGAUGAGAAGCUUCUUAUCUAUGACUAUGUUCCAAACGGUAACCUCGCAACAGCUCUCCACGGCAAGCCAGGGAUGGUGAGUGUAGCUCCGUUGACAUGGUCUGAACGUUUGAAGGUAGCGAAAGGGAUAGCGACAGGGCUUGUUCAUCUGCACGAGUUCAGUCCCAAGAAGUACGUCCAUGGAGAUCUCAAGCCCAGCAACAUCCUCAUGGGACAUGACAUGGAACCCAAGAUCUCUGAUUUCGGACUAGCACGGUUAGCCAACAUAGCUGGAGGUUCAUCAUCUCCAACUGUACAGUCAAACAGAAUCAUCCAAACGGAAGAGAGGCAGCAACACCAUCACAAGAGCAUAUCUUCGGAGUUCACUGCUCACUCUUCCUCUGGCUCUUACUAUCAAGCACCAGAGACUCUCAAGACGGUCAAACCGUCUCAGAAGUGGGAUGUGUACUCUUAUGGAGUCAUUUUACUGGAGCUGAUAGCGGGUAGGUCUCCGGUGUUGGACGUGGGGACGUCGGAAAUAGAUCUUGUACGGUGGAUACAGGUGUGCAUUGAGGAGAAGAAGCCGUUGUGUGAUGUUCUUGAUCCUUGUUUGGCACCUGAGGUUGAUAAGGAAGACGAGAUUGUCGCUGUUCUUAAGGUUGCAAUCAGUUGUGUGAACAGCAGUCCAGAGAAAAGGCCUACCAUGAGGCACGUUUCGGAUACGCUCGACAGAUUACCAAUGGCUGGCGACUGAGAGAUUUGCACAUAGAUCAGAGAGCAUAACGCUUGUUUUAAGAGAUGAGACUAAUGUUGUUUUGUUUUGUUUAUUUGUCAUGUCAUUGUUGGUUGUAGUUAAUUAAGAUGUCACUCUCUUUAUAAUUAAAAGCUUCUGUUACAACAGAUGUUGAAAACUAGAAUCACAAGUGAUGUGAGAGCUCAUUUGGAUAAAAGAUAGGCUUUG